AAUGUGUUGCGUUAUUAUCAUGUGACAAUCCUACAGAACUAAAUAUAAAUACAGAACUAAAUAGUAGCAAAUAAAAUGGCAACAGCUGAAGUAAGUUCUUGUACAACAGACGAUGAUAUAACAACGUGUACAAUUUGUCUAGAACAGUUUAAUAUUCCGAAGUAUUUACCUUGUUUACAUACUUUUUGCGAAAGUUGUAUCGCGGUAUAUAUUACUUCCGCGUUCGAAAAAGACAAUACACGUACAUGUAUUAAUUGCCCGGUAUGUAGAUCUAACGUUUCCGCCCCUGAAUUAGGUAUAACGCCAGAACAAUGGGCAAAGCGACUGCCCCUGAAUUUUCUUCUUGUCGGAUUAAUCGAAAAACAUAAAGUAGAAAGGCCAGAAAAAAUAUGCAUGUCAUGCGAAAGAUUUGACGUCAAUAAAAAGUCAGAAGCAAAUUCUGUUUGUAUUGAUUGCUCUGAUACUCUCUGUUCCACUUGUGUGAACUAUCACCGUAUAAAUAAAUCUAGUUCCAACCAAGAAAUUGUUGAUAUUUCAAGAAAGGGUAUUGUUCUGAAAUCUUUCAAAAAUAUGUGCACUGAACACAAAAGUAAAGAUCUUGAAUUGUUCUGUGUUGAUCACGAUCUUCCAUGUUGUGCAACAUGUGUCUCGGUGAACCAUCGAAAGUGUGAAAACGUUUUGACAAUAGAGGAUGCCGCAUCGAAAUUCAGAGAAACGGAUUCAGAAGACAAGACUAAAAACGAUGUCAGCGCUUUAUUAUCAGAUAUAGACAUUGUUAUGCAACUAGAAAGAGAGUCACUUGAAAAUUUAGAAACACGCAACAUUUCUCAGCUGGAAACAUACAACGACUUCUGGACGAAUGUUCAAAAAAAAGUUGAUGCAAUGAAACAAAAUCAGACAAAACGAUACCAAAUGCAUUUUGAAGAAGAAAAGUCAAAACUUGAAACCUCUAUUACCGAUCUCGAAAAUAAAAAGAAAACUGUUGCGAAUACAAAGCAAAUUUUAGAAAUAACCGUAAGAGAGGCUUCAAAUGUUCAAGUGAUGAUUGAAGUUCAGAAAGUAAAAAAGCAAAUCGAUCAACAUUUGCUCACGUUACCGGCAAAACUUACUUUUUAUGAAAUAAAUUUUCAGUUUAAAAAAAAUGUUGAUGAAGUAGAUAAAAUGUUAGAAAACAUUUGCGAUUUAAACUGUAGCAAAAAAUCAAAGUCAUUAGAAUUGUCCAGUUUAAAAGCCGAAAACCCCAGUUCAAAUUCCAGUAGUUCCGAUUCAGACAGUUUGCUUGAGUUUAGUUCAUCUAAAAAGAAGAAAAUUAAAGAAAAACCUAAAAAAAAGAGAAAAGCCAAAGGAAUGGAUAUACAUGAUGCAACAGGAAAAUAUACUCGACUGACAAGUUUAAAUACACAAAAGACAACAGGCAAUGAUAAACCCCAAACAACAGGACCAUAUGAACAACAGGCAACCGAAGCAUAUAUUUGGCAGGCAACAGAAGCAUGUAUUCAACACUCAACAAGAACAGACAAUCGACAGGCAGCAGGAACAAAUAAACAACAUACAACAGGAAUACAUACACGACAGGCACCAGAAUCAUUAAGCACGCCGUUAUUAGAAGAGUGUUUUUGGCAAACUCAUAGAAAAGAAAAUAGACAGGCACAAGGAACAAAUAGACGACAGGCAACAGAACCAGGUGUUUGGCAGAAAACAAGAACAGAUUAUAGAUAGACGACAUGCAGUAGGAACAUAUAGACAACAGGCAUCAAUAUCAGAUAUUUUAAUGGAUUGAACGACGCGAACAAAACAAAUUGUCAUUCAAAACUGUUCGUGUCAAACGUACUAGAUGAAUGUUAGCUCAUAAGCACGUAUUAGGCGCACAGAAAUCAUAUUAUAAUAUAUUAAAGUCUUUCACGUGAGAUACUUUUCAAUCAAAUAGUUUGAUACUUUCAGUUUUAUCUACUUGAAAUUAAUCGGAGAAAUCUAAAAUCUUUAUACAUGAUCAGCAAAUGAUUGAUUGUUCAUUCAUGAACGUUAAGUGGUAAAUCAUCUUGAAUAAUUAGAACGAGAACAAAUUUAACAACAAAUCUAAUAGGCAGGUUCUGCGAGGUGAAUUACACGGAAUCAUGUGGGUAACCUGGACUGACAGUGGAAAAGGAAUGUAAUAUAAAAAUUGGGAGAUGUGGUUUGAAUGCUAAUGAGAAAUUAUCCACAAGAAGCUAAAUAACGUGCAUGACCCAUACCAUAUAAUAAGCUGUAAAUGGCCCCGAUAUGAUAUUGUGUGAAACAAUUCAAACAAGAAAACCAAAAGGUAUAAUGGAUGAGAGUAAAGACAAAUUUUUGAUAUCUAUCAGAAGUAAGCCCUUCGCUAUCUAGUGUAAAACAAAUGGUCAUAAGCAUAUUCCCCUGAACCGCGACACGUUCUUUACAUAUACAAUAUUUGACCUAUUAUUGGGUAGGACGUGUGAUCAAUCUGCCUUUUCAGAAUCUGAUUAGAGGAAGCAUUGUGGAUUCCCUCUUUGUAUAACAGUUAAGCAAACAACAUUUAAUCAUUUACUUUUAUUUUUUACCAAUCACUCUUUAGAUUAUAAAUUUGAUAUCAUUGCUAGUAGAAAAAAAAAAGUUUUUUGCACACGUCUUCCUUGUGACUCCAUACACAUUUUGUUGUUUUUGAGAUAACGUGUUUCUGUGUUGUCCACUCCAGGAGGGGAAAGUAAUGCAUGUAGUCUGCAUUCUUUUAUAAUGAGUAUAUAUUGGAUGCUGUGUGUAAGGCUUCAGUUUAUUACUUUUUAAAUAUAUCAUUAACUGUAAUAUUGCCAUUCAGCACACGAUCGUAAGCAAAAUACAUUGUUAAAUGUGAGCAAUUGCAUUUUUCUUAAAAUUGCAAAACUGGUACAAUUCUACAAUCCUUUAAAGGGGACGACCUGGAUAAAGGGAGCUUACCCUUUAUAUCUGUUAUAAUCAGUUUCAUCAAUUCUUUUCAAGCACUCAUGUGGAACAGUAGUAAAUAAUAUGUAUUAUGUUACUUAGAAGUGUUAUCUACCUUAACCUAGGUCAUCCUUGGAUAAUUAUGUUAAUUUUUAUUGAUAAGAUACCAGGAUUCCAUAGUAUGUUACCUUAUUGCAGAAAUGUCUUCUAAGAUGUCAUUUUUUAUGUUAAAUCCUCCUUUUGGGGAUUAAAAAAAGUGUCACAAAUGUGUGUGUGUGUGUUUUUUUCUUUUAUGUAAUUGUUAGAAUUUGCAAAACCCUUAUCAAAGCUUUGUUAACUCCCACCAACAGCUUUUUGUAAGACAUUGGUGGCAAACAUCUUUUUAUAAGUCUGUUGAAAAUCUAAAUACUGAUGGGCAUAACUCAGAUAAGACAAUUUUCGCAGUUCUGUUAUGUUUUUUUUAAUUUUUUAUUCAAAAAGUGUUUAUUAAUACCAUUGAAAAUUCCUUGUCUGAUCUCAGAUAAGCACAUAUAUUUAGAUUUUUGAUUUACAGAUAAUCUUUCGAGCUAGAUUUCACUUGAAGCUUAUAUUUAAUCAGUUAUGGACAAUAAAAACCCAUUUUUUUUAUCAGUAGAACGAGUAGCCGGAUACAAUAUAAUUAUGUUAAUCUUUAAUCAGACAACGAACUUACGGUCGUACUUUUAAACGUGGUGUAAAUACAAGAAGUGUAAACGCCUGAGAUAAAUAUCUUUGACAAUAUUCCUUUUGAAAAUUUGAAAUGUUAUUAUUUUAAUAGAUUCAUAAUACUUUGAUUUUGUUUUAUUCAAGGGACCAGUAAGAUGGGCUUGUCAUACCUGCUUCGUUACAAUUAAUUUGAUAUUUGACACACGGUAAUGACAUGAAAUUCAUUUCAUACAUUUUUUUCAUAUUUUGUCUUUUCAUAUAACAUCAAACAGUUACCCCUUUAUUUUGGGUAUUCAUUUUUGAAUAAUUUUGAAUAGUUAUAUUCGAAUGUUUUCUAUUGCAAUUUUUGUUACUUAACAUAUUUUUUUCUUCAUACUCUGAUGUUGCCUACAAGGUAAACGACACCCGGAAUAAAGUUGUAAUUCAUUUAGUAAAUUUGUAUCAUUUGCCUGUAAUUAUUUAUUUUUGGAACCACAAAUGUAUGCUAUUUAUAUUUCUCAAAAACUCAUUGUAUACUUUUGAUAUAUAAAAUUGUAGUUUUUAUAUCGAAAUUAAUGAACUUAAUGAUGAUACUUUAUCAAGAUGUAAAUGUAUUAUAAUUUUGACUUUUUAAACAUACCUUUAAUUCAAUAGUAUUAGCUGGAUAUUGAUGUUCGUGGAUUUAGUGAGAAAGGGGAAAGCACAAAUUUGAAUACUCGACGUAUCAUGAUCAUUGUUAUAUGCAUAGACUGAACUAGUAUAUAUUAUUGUUUCGGGGCCAUCUAAAGCCCGCCUCCGGGUGCGGGAUUUUCCCGCUGUAUUGAAGACCCAUUGGUGGCCUUGGGCUGUUUUCUGCCCUUUAGUCGGGGUUGUUGUCUCUUUGACGCAUUCCCGUUUCUAUUCUCAAUUUUAUUCUAAACAUAUAUUUAUUGAUUUCCAUAUGAUGGUCUUACGAUGAUCUUAGCACGACCUCGAGAUGGGCCAUUCUAAGAAAGAUAAUUCCUCAGACCAUCAUGAACCAAAUCUUAAGGUUUAUCGUAGGACAUUGAUAUCUUGAUAUAUUUUCAUUGGCAUUGCAUCUAACCUUUCUCCAUUAUACAUCAAGUUCUAGUUUAAAAAAUAAUAGAGAAUUAAAUUUGAUUGCGUGAAUUCUGAAAUUGUGAGGGGGAAAACACACCAGCAAAAUUUUAAGUAUCUUCUUUUAAAUCAACGUGUAUACAAAUAAAUAGCAUUUUCUAUUUCAAUAUUUGCUUAUCAAGUUAAUUUUUAUAUCGAACUAAAAUGACGGUAACAAUUUUGAUAUUCAUAUAGUAUCUGAAAUAAGUACGUGUCACAUAAAAACAAAUACAAUGUACUUUGCGAGAUAUAGUGAAAAUUCAAGAAAAAAGUUUGAAUUUAGAUAGAUUUGAAAAAAAAUAAAGUUUUUUUUUUACAGUAGAAAUUAUAAAAAUAUACUGACUGUCAAUAUUUUAUGGAAUUUGAUGGAAUGUUUUUCCCGCUGGAUAUUCGCAACGUUUUGAGAAUUUUACAAUUGUCAAAUAUUAAUAGUUUCAUUGGGUUUUUUUAAAAAGCGGACAGAUAUGUUAGUAUGAUUAAGAAAAAGCCUUCAUAUGUUUCUACUUCGGUAAAUUAAAUUUUGUAGGUUAGUACGAUAUGACGAUCAGGGUGUUACAAAAUAUGGAAUAAUGCGCCAAAAAAAUAAGAAAAGAGAAUGGGCCAGAAAAUAAAGAAUAGAGAAUAAUGGAAUGCUAAAAUGUCAAGUAUUUAUUGAAAAAUGGCCAUACAUUUUUAAAAUACCGAAAUGAAGACCCCCACCCCAUUGAGAACCCCAUAUAUGUUAUUUCAUACAGAAUUAGAUUUAUGUUACAUGUACAUGUUGUUUCCCGAUCAGAGGAUUGUCUAAAUAUUUGGAAGUGUACUUAGUUUUAGAAUAGAUUUUGUAUACAUACUUGUACAUGUACAUAUAUAUGCUUGAUUUGGCCAUGAGUUAUAUUUGUAAAUUUUACAGAUAUUUGUUAGAUAUAUAUAUAUGUGUGUUGUAUUAUAUAAUAUACAUGUUACUAUUUGGUGUUGAUAACGAACUUGACUUUCAAUUUUCGAACAUAAGGACGCAACAAACAUUGAGAGAACCCUUUGCUGUGCACGCAAUAUUUCAUAAGUAUACACUAUUUGAAAAAACGUCAUUUUUUUUUAAUGUCACCGGAUAACAAUUUUAAAUGUUUGAUUGUAAAAUACUCUUAAAUAUCAAUUUCUAUGUAUGUUAUGUGCUAUCUGCUAUACUACCAUCUUGAAUAUCUUACCUUCAAAUUAGGACUAUCCCCGACCAAAACAUUACAGUGAUCUAAAAAAAAAAAGGUUCUCUUUGAACUUCCUACUCAGACAGACGCUUGCAUUUGUGGAUAGUCUAUAAGUAAAUGUAAACAGAUUGCUUCUUUAAAUUCUAUGUAAAUAUUCACUUAAUAUGUUUGUGUUAUGAAAAAGAUUCCCUCUCAUAUCAACAUGCUGAUAUUUAAGGCGGGGACUUCCAAUUAUUUGUAGCAUCAAAGCCGAAAUGUAAACAUUUUUAGAAAACUAAAACACGAGGCUAACAUAAUCUUUAUGAAUUUUGUGGUCAUCGCCUAUUUUUGUGUACAAAGAUAGUAUUUGAUGGAAUUUAAGGAAAAAUUAAUUCCACUUUUUUAAAAACUGAUGUGCACUUGUAUAAAGUCUAUUUAUUUUCUAUUAAUACACAUUCCCAAAACAAUUUGCAUUAGCAUGUAAUUCGUCUGUUGUAUAGGUUACCGUCAUAAUAAGUAAUGCUUAUGUGGUAAUACUCUGAUUAAUGUUUCCUUUCGUGUUAACUCGUUGAGUGUUUAAGCGUAUAUGAUAUUUUAAAAGCUGUCGGUCAAAAAGGGAAAGAUAUGGGAAAAUUUGCAAUAUUUUCGAUAUUCCGCACAUCCCUCCCCCCCCCCCCCCUUUUGAGAGUAGCAAAAUUUGUUUAUAUGUCAAUUAAUAUAAUUUCCAUAAUUAAUUCCAACAGCAAAUAUACGUUUUAUCUAAAUGAUGAUGUACAUUUUUUUCCAUUCUAUACUGAGAGACAUUAUACAUCAAAGACUUACUGAUACUGUUUGUUAUGUGAAACAAAAUUCUCUGAUUACUCUUUAAAAUAUUCAAAAACAAUAUGUCCAUUCACUUUUUUUUAUUGAUUUGUAUUGGUAUUGUUCUUAAAUACUGUAAAUUUAAAAUGUGGUGCUUGUAUAGUUUAAUGCGUUCAAUCUAUUUCUUCAAUGUUAUGUAAAGUUUUUUUUUUCUUAUAUUAUUUUAUAAUUUUGUUUAAUUAUGUACUUGUUCUAGUAUAUAAUAACAUAAUACUAGUUUUAGUCAUUAUGAGUUCAUUCAUCUCACAUUUUUUUUACAUUUAUUUCAUUAUUCAAAUUCUUACGAAUAAGCAGAAAGUCCAGAAUGUUGUCGCUUGCAAUCGUAAUACUGUUACAUCAAAUCAAAAUAAAUAAACCACAACUGGGAAUGACCUUUUAAAAAAAAUUAUGUUUAUUAACCAAAUAAUCUUAAACAGUGUUUUUUUUUUAUUACAUUGCAUUAAUUGAACUUUUGACAUUGGACAUAAAAUACAUGUAUCAGUCCUUUUUAUACUUCGUUACAAUAUGAUAACAAAUCAAUGAUUUCUCUCUGAAAAAGGUAAUAAUUAUAUAAAUAUUCGUCAGAAAUUGUUUGAAACUAUAGAAAAAGACAUCUCUCCACAAUUCAAAUUUGACAAUGAUAAUAUCUUUUCUUUCAUAUCGUUUGUUACAGUAGAAAAAUAUGAUAUGGUUUAUUAUUUCAAAUAAUUAUAAAAAGAAUUGUCUAUAUUUUAUGUAGUAAUUUUAUUUUACAUUAAAUAAUCAAACAUUCAA